AUGGAACCAUUUUCUUUCUGGGACGAUUGCUGGAAUAUUAACAAGAGGGGGAGUUUUACUCCAAUUUCAAGCUUUUCAAAAAUCAGAAUCGAAAGAUUUUUCAACCGGAAAGUCCAUACGGUGGUUGUGAAAUAUCACUCUACGGUGAGUAAAUUGGUUGCAGAUAGAUUGAAGGAAGAUAAGAAUGCAAAGAGCGAUUUAUUUUCUUUCAUUUUCGAUGCACAGUAUUCGAAUAACGGUAAGCAUGAAGAUAUUGAAACGAUGACAGUUUCGGAAUUAUUUACUGAGAGUGGAUUUUUACUUGCAGCUGUUUAUCUACUCACACAGAGAGGCUCUGAUACAUCCUCGACAACUCUCUCCGCGCUGCUCUUCUACCUCUCUCGAUACCCAAAAUGUUAUGAAAAAGUUACCACAGAAAUUCGAUCUACCUUCUCCUCCCCCUCUGAAAUUCACAGCGGUCCGAAAAUCACCUCUCUCAAAUAUCUACGCGCUUGUAUUGAAGAAGCGCUCCUUCGUCCUGGAGGUAUCACCAUCGAUAGAGAAUUUAUCCCUGCAGGCUACGAUAUCGGAUGUGCAGUCUAUGCUGUGCAGCAUAAUGAAGACUAUUUUCCCAAUUCGUUUGAAUUUCAACCUGAGCGCUGGAUGGUAUCGGAAGAUAACCUACAGGAAAAAAUUGAAGAGAUGAAAAUGGCAUUUGCACUGUUUAGUUUGGGGCCGAGGGGAUGUCUGGGGAAGAGGAUGGCGUAUAUGGAGACGGGGAUUAUGAUGGCGAGGAUGAUGUUUUGUUUUGAUUUUAGGAGGCCAGGGGAUGGGGGGUUUGGAGAGGUGGGGGAGGGGGUGCUGGGUAAUGAUGGGGGGAGGGGAAGAGUAAAUGAGUUUCAGUUGAUGGAUCAUUUGGCCAGUACGCAUUUGGGUCGUAUGCAGAAUUCAGAUUGA